AUGGCCGCCGUUGUUCUUCCAGAAACCGAAAUUCAACAAACUUAUUUUCAGUCUCCUCUGACCCUUAUACGAGACGAGUUCGAUGGAGGAAAGAACAACUGGGUGGACACGUUCAAAGAGAUUAUCACAAAAUUUGUGAAGGAUCUUGAUUACCGACCAGAAGAGCCCAUCACAGAGGACAACCCAACCUACAGAGCUUUACGAUCUGAGUUUUUGAUGAAGUACGACAACGGAAACGAAUUUUAUGACCAAAUGUAUCGGACGGCAGUGACCAUGGCAGAGCUCUCAUACCGUGAUCAUGCGCCAGAAAUUCGGUUGGAAAUAGCUCGAUUCACUUGCUUUUUACUUCAUGUUGACGACCUUGGGAAGAGCUUCAAUACUCUUGAGGGUCUCCAAAAGAGGAUUCUCAUGGGUGAUAACUCUGAUGGAGAAUUUCUACAGGCAUUCCGGAAAAACCUCAUCGGAUUCUAUGAUCUUUACGAUCCGAUUCCAGCCAAUUCAAUCACACUAGCAGCCAUCAGCUGUAUCAGCGGAAUGCUACUUGAGCAAAAUGACGCCGUUCGAGGUAUGAAGCUCUCCGAGAGCUCAAAGUCCUGGCCCAACUAUUUGCGUAGCAAGACUGGCUGCUCAGAGUCCUACGCCUACAUGCUCUUUCCAAAGUCCCUGGGUCUUGAAAUGACCACCUAUAUAUCUGUCAUGGAGGAUAUCGUUUUUAUAACCAAUGCUGCCAAUGAUAUUUUGUCAUUUUACAAAGAAUUUCUCGGUGGGGAAACCGAUACAUAUAUCUUCUUGCGAGCACGAAUCACCAAUAAACCACUCGUCGAAACGUUACAGCUUGUUGUUAAAGAAACAUUAGAGGCAAACGACAGGGUCACGAAAACUCUGCAAUCCACAGACGCUUAUGGCUUAUGGAAGCAAUAUGUGAACGGGUACCUCGGGCUUCAUUUUACUGUUGGGGUGCGGUAUCGGCUGAACGAACUUGAACUUUAA